AUGUCAGUCUUCGAGGCGCGACAGAAGGUGUAUGCAACGCUGCACGGGACCUUCCACGCCGCGAUUGUGCAGGAGGUGUCCUUGGACGCUGAGACAGGCCAGUACCUGUACUAUGUGCACUACGUUGAGCAGGACAGCCGCAUGGACCGCUGGCUGCCCGCCAGCGAGCUGAAGGAGAGGCGGCAGGGGCGUCAGGCGAGCAAGCAGCAGGUGAACAAACCAAGCGGUGGCGGUGUCACGACGCGAGGGCAGAGCCGACUUGUUGCAGAGGAGGACGACGAGCUCCCGCGGAGCCCCGCCACGCCGACCUCCUCCGCCAAACGCAAUAACCUGCAGAAUUGCGUCAAGGUGUCAACAACGCGGGCACGGAAGGACAGCUCAUUUUUCUCCCGGCCUAAGAAUAUUCACAAAAUAUGCAUGGGGCCCCAUGAAGUGGAUGCGUGGUACUUUUCUCCCUACCACCUCGCCCGACCCCAGGUGCAGGAGGGACUAAAGCAGAAUGCGGAGCUCUUUGCGGGAAACCUGGAGCUUCGGCUACGCCAGGAAAAUGACAAGAGUUCAUUUCGGGCCGCCGCCGCUCUCACGUCGUUUGUGCUUCAUAUCUGCCCCUUCUGUCUUCACCCCUUUACGGCACACGAGGACGUGGUGCGACAUCUGCGGCUUGUGUGUCAACGAUACCCGCCAGGGAACGAGAUUUACCGCGAUCCUGUGCGCCAGCUCGUCGUGCUCGAGAUGGACGCGGUGGUGGAGCCCGUCUUUUGCGAGCAUUUAGCUCUUCUUUCCAAGCUGUUUCUAGAGCACAAGGCGCUCGAUCAUGACAUGACACCAUUUCUAUUCUACGUGUUGUGCGCCGUGCAGCCGCACGGGCUGGAGGUGCUGGGGUACUUUAGCAAAGAAAAACAUUCGCCGGAGAUGUAUAACCUUUCUUGUGUUCUUGUGCUGCCGCAGUUCCAGAGUCGCGGCAUUGGACGGUUUCUGAUUGAGUUGAGCUACGAACUGUCGCGGCGGGAGGGCAAGAUUGGCUCCCCCGAGAAGCCGCUAAGUGACCUGGGGGAAAAGCUCUAUUUAGGAUACUGGGGAGAUGUCGUGGUCUCCGCACUCGCCCGCGCCAUGGAGGAGAACCACUGCGCCACGCUCGACUACCUUGUGCAGGCCACGUAUAUUUCGCAGUCGGAUGUCCUGCGGACGCUGCAAUACCUGCGUCUGCUAAGCGGAACGCAGAUUGUUGUGUCGGAAGACAGCAUUGAGCGCUGCUACUCCAGACGGCUGCAGCGUGAGCGGAGUGGGCAUAAUUAUGUCUUCUACCCCCACUUACUGAGCUGGAGUCCGCACAUGUACUACGAGCUGAAGGAGCAGGACAUCACCCCACCGAUUUACGUGACACAGAGCGAGGAGUUGGAAGGGAAUGCCGCAAGCAAACGACAGCAUGUUUUCUAG